AUGGCAUAUCACGAUCCCGGCGUUGGCAACGCCCUCGACUGGCCGGCACGGCAGUAUGUAGUCGCGCAUGCUGGUCGUGUACCGGAAGCACUCGACCUCGACGCCGCAGGUAUCGGCGGCUGCCAGGCUCGAGCGGAACCAGUCAAGGUCGGAGCCGCACUGCACCGUCAUGCGCGCGAAACCGAACUCGGGCCGGAGUACUUGCUCCAGCAGACUGCGGAAGCCGGCCGUGGCGCCGAUGGUCACGAACGCAUGGCGCGGGAGGUGCGGGUGUGCAGCCUCGGCUGCGGGUGGGGAGGAGUCGAUGGCCAUUGUGGUCAGGGAAGUCGUUGUGGCGGUGCUGGUGACUGCUGCAUUCACGCGCUUGCGCUUCUGGUGAUGAGCGGCGGCGUGGAUCGAGGCUGGAGCACGGGGCGUUUGCUCGUCCCGCGACAGCCCAUCAAGGUGCUGAAUCUUGGCGCGGCAGAGGUUGUAUGCCAACGCAAGAUUGCUGCGCUGACCGGGAGCUCUGGCUGA